AUGGCGCAGACUCUGAAUGUGAAGACUGUUGCCAUAAUCGGAGCUGGCGUUUCUGGUGUUUCCGCAGCGAUACAUUGCAAGCGUGCUGGGCUCGAUGUAACGGUCUUUGAACGCAACUCGCAAGCUGGAGGAGUAUGGGUCUACGACGAACGCAUUUCGAAAGAUCCAGCGUACCCUUCGGUACUGCCGUCAGUGGGUGACUCGCCUGAGUAUGACACCCUCGUCAGAGAUCGAAAUGGCAAAGAUGGACCACGAAGAGUCGAUAGUCCAAUUGAAAGGGAUGGUUCGGAUCCAGCCAAGGAGGAGGCUGUCAGCGACGAUGAUCUUUUGUUGAGCUUCGCACCUCCAGGACCAGCAUACAUUGCUCUCAAGAACAAUGUCUCAACGAUCGAGAUGGAGCUCUCAACGCAGAAAUGGAAACCUGGCACGGAAGAAUUUGUGCCACACCAUGUGCUCGCGGAGUACAUCCAAGAUACAGCGAGAGCGAAUGGUAUCCUAGACGUGAUCUCUUUUGAUUCCCGAGUCAAGCAUGUCGAAAAGAGAGGCGACAAGUGGAUUGUCGGCAUCGACCAAGUAGCGGGCGACAGGACAAUCAGCAGUACCAAGAAAUUCGAUUCAGUCGUUGUAGCAGCGGGUCAUUAUCAUGCGUGCAAUGUUCCAGACAUCCCUGGCUUAGCAGAUUGGAAAAAGCACUUUCCAACACGGGUGCAGCACUCCAAGCGCUAUCGCCGGCCGGAUCAAUUCAAGGACCAGAACGUGCUUCUGAUUGGCGCUGGCGUGUCUUCCAUGGACAUUGCUCGAGAUCUCUCCAAUGCACGUGCGGUAUUCCAAUCGAGUCGAGGCGGGCCUUACGAUUUGCCGGAAAGCAUGCUCUUAGAGAACAGUGCUCGAGUCGAUGGAGUCGAAAAGUUCGAACUAGACGAUGGCGCAGAGUUGUCGGGUGAUAACAGCAUCAAAGGAACUGUCACCCUUCGAUCGGGGAGGAAGCUUUGCAACCUUCACCACGUCAUUGUGUGUACCGGCUACCAUGUGUCACUGCCAUUUAUGCGUCAGUACCAUCAAGACGGCGUGAGUGCGGAGCACGCCAGCGAGGAGGCCAUUGUCACAAAUGGCCAAGUGACACACAAUCUCCACAAAGAUAUAUGGUACAUUCCAGAUCCAAGUCUUGCAUUCAUCGGCGUGCCUUACCAUGUGGCGACUUUCAGUCUGUUCGAAUUUCAAGCAGUUGCUCUGUCACUGGUCUUGUCAGGGCGAAGUCCUCUGCCAUCCAAGGAGGAGAUGCGUGAGGAAUAUGAUGAGAGGAUAAGAGAGAAGGGGAUUGGGCGUAACUUCCACUCAUUGAGAGGCGAUGGCAGGGAAGCGUUGUAUGUCCAAGAGCUUGCCGACUAUGUCAACGGACAGAUGUCGAAGCGAGGCGAGAGCGCCAGGAUGCAGGCGCAUUCUCAGAGCUGGUUGGAGGCAUAUGAGAGACGAGCUGCUAGGGUGCAAGCUAUGCGUGGUCAAACGCGCGACUCGCAUAUUAAUGAGGAGGUCUGGAGCCGCAUCUCCGGGUGUUGAGGUGAAAGAAAGUUGGUCCUAGUGGUGAGACAGGAGGGAGAGUGCAGGAGGGUCCAGAGGAGAGCUGUGGAGUGGGAGUCAUUGCGCCAAUGGACGAGUACCUUACAGCGUGAGCGUUAAAGGAUAUCAUGGACCAGGUGCAAUAGAACAGAAUAGAGCUGCCUCUGACAUUGACAGUAGCAGGUGUCGUAUGCAUGUGCGGGAUAUGCGCAGCCCGUUGGCAGCCUGAGACUCUCAGGGUCGUCGCGGUGUGCUGGCGAUUCAUGUCCCAAGCUGAGGUGCAAUCGGCGAACGC